AUGAAGAUGGCAGAGAAAGAGCCAGGGAUGGCCACUCUUGGAUUUACCAGCAUCAUAGUGUGUGUUAUUUUACUGGGACAAGCAUCCUCUGAGAAAAUAGACCAAACAGAUGCCAUCCUGAGGGAGCUGCUUUCAAAAUGGACUCAAGGAAGUGAUUGGAAUCCACAAAGAAAUUCUCCAGAAACAAACAAGGACCGCCAUGUCCACCCGUUAGUAAGGAGUAUCGUGGGAGGUCUGAAGACACUUGGUCUCCUGCCCAGCAGGAACUUAGGCCUGCCCUCCCUAAACAACCCAGCAGACAGGCACCGUCUGUCUAGCUUCCUCUACAACAUCUCCCUGUACCUCCAAGAGAUGGGUGCAGAGCUGGAGGAGAGCGAGCCAGCAUCUGAUGAGGAGCAGCUAUGGGAAAAAGUGCUGCAGUCCUUCAUCCAGUCUGAGGGGAGCGCUACACUGAACCAGUGGAAUGGCCGAGUGCCACCGAGACCUAGCGUCAGACUCCAGGACUGGUUUUUGUCCCUAAGGGGCAGCCCUCACUGGGACUGGCUUUUGGGGCUGCUGCAGAGUCUAAUCGCUCUGUAUGAGCGUCAGCCUCACAAGUCCCUCCUGGCAAUCUUAUCUCAGAACUGGAGGACAGUGAGUGCCGUGCUGGAGACUGUGCUCCAGGCAAUGGUCAGUGGAACCUACGGUCAGGCCAGCGCCGGCCUGCAGGGCUUCAUCUGUGCACUGAAGGGCCGUGGUGACUGUGCCUUCAAUGUCAGCUGGCUUCAGCAGCUGCUGCUUUUCCUGGAGACCCGCAACUGGAAGCCGGUGGUCACUUUGCACCCAGCAGACGAUGGUGCUGAACACAGUAAGGCUACAUCUGGACGUUUAAAGCCUUUCAGUUUGCCUCCUGAGGCCAUGAGGCAGGAUGGGUUGUCUGGAAAUGACUCUCUGGGCACAGGAGAUGAUUUGGAAUCCUUGCAAAGCUUACUCUUGCAGGCUCUAUCACGCUCAGGUGGAGGAGAGAGAGCGGGCCACUUAGCAUCAAAAAAUCCAGCUCUUGUGCAAAGCUUGGACGGGUUGAGGAGGGGUCUUCUGCAUCGGGUGGGUAGUUCUGUCUACAGUAACCUGAGGAAGAAAGUGUCACGAGUUACCAUGGCACUGCUUGAUGAUGUGGACGUGCCACGGCCUAACCCACAGGGGCGCUGCUCAGUAGGUGACCUGAGGCAGCUUAUCUUAUGGGGGAUAAAAAAUAAUGUGACAUGGAACACCCAGGCUUUAGGCUUCAGCUCCCAGGGUCUCCCAAGCACCCCUCCGUUCCUCUCCUGCCCCUCCACCGAAGGAGAUAAACUGAGGUCCAGCCGAACACCAUCCCACCCAGCUGAUAAAACACCCCCGUCAUCACGGACAGCUUCCAAACGAAAACACCUGCAUGACCUCCACACUGCAUCUCGCCGCUCCCGGCUCAACCAACCAAGAGCAGAAAGAGGCGGAGCAGGCGAAGACCAACAGAGAGAGGAGUACCCCACGUCCACAGAAAUUCUGGAGGCAGUGUGUAAUGCGUCCAUCCCGGGCUUGACAGGAGUCUCCAACUUCACUGUGUUCCUCUAUUGUAACCUGUUUGAAGGGGAGAACGGGUCAGUCAAUCCUGCAGUGGGUCAUAUGGGACUUGACCUGCGUGCCACCUGCUCUGACGCAGCCUGGUACCUGUCUGCAGCUGAGGAGGACUUCUUCUGGGUCCAUGUCUGCAGUGAGUUCUUUGCCCAUGAGUUCAACAACACUGUGUGUGCCAACUCCUCUUUCUGGCUUCAAAAGGCACACCAGGUGGCUGUGACCAAGGACUAUCAUUACUUCAACCUGUCCAGUAUAGAUGACCUGUGUGUGCAGCAGCCAGGGGAGCCAAUAGGAGCCCAGGCACUUGAUGAGAACUGUCUGGCUCAGUUGGGCAGCAGGUCCCUCACUGCCCAGGAUUUCAGACACUGCUUCCUGCCCAACAAUUCUGCCCUGAUCUCAGCCCUGUGCGGGUCCCCCAGCCCACACCACACCUUCCCAGAGGGCAGUUGGGCUGCAGCGUACUGCUCCAAAAUCCACAACUUCUCCCACGCUGACAUCACAGAGGAGACUUGUCACUACAGGAGGUGGGCUGUGCACGAUUUCACCAACUCCUCUCUCCUGGAGCUCUGCGGGCACACGAAUGGCUUCAGAGAAUACAUCUGUCGAAACGUGUCACUCUAUCACAGGCACUUAAAGUCCAUGCCUCAGUUCUCUGAAGUGUGUGCCGACCUGGAGGCAGAACUGGAGGGCAGGAAGUGCUUACUGCAGAGGCUUUUCGACAUGCUCCCAGCACCAUACGAGUUUGACACGUCGCAGCUGUGUGUGAACCCGGCCCCGCUGCUGGCAGAAGCCCUCCACAAGCUGAGUGUGUGUGAGGUUGAAGGUGGGGAGCGUGGAGGGUUUUUAUUGGCACUGGGGUACGUGUUGCGAGUCCUGGACUUCAUGGUGGGGCUGUCUUCAGGCCUGGAGGAGGGGGAGAGAGAGGCGAGGCAGGGCUUGGGCCAGGCCAUCCUCCUGUCCAGUCUGCUGGACAACACCUCGUUCUGGGCCACGCUGCAGCCUGAGGCCUCAGUGAGCGUCCUGCACACUGUGGGACUCUUCCUGCGCAGAGAGCAGAACCCCUCGCUCAAAGAGGACCUGCUAAGUUGCUUCAGUCCUGUCUUGUGGGACCUCAUUCAGCGAGAAGACAACUCCUCUGCUCUCAAGGUUCUGCUGCAGGAGUAUCUCCGAAUGCCGAGAGAGAGUAUCCGCACCCUAGUGAUGUCUGCUGAAAAAGAUGCUGUCAAGAGAUUUCUUUCUCAUAUGCAUCAGAGUUGGGAUCAGCUCCAAGUUGAAACCACCCAGGCCUCUCAGAAAGAGUUGCAAGCCAUGGAAACAAUGACCGCUGCCUUCAUUCAUAAGUUUCCACGAGUGACCCCUGAACUUUUUGUGGACCUGUCUCAGUUCAUUCCCUUCAUGUCCGUCUCUGACAUCAUGAGCUUCCCUGCUUCCUUGAUGGUCAAUGACAGCGUGUUGAUGGCCAUUCGUGACCACAGCUCAGAGAUCAAAUCACUGCAGAAAAAGGCCUUUGUAAAGAGACUUCUCCAGUCAAGUGUGGUGGGUGAUGUCCCUACAUGGCCACCAUACUUCCUCAGAUCCAUCUUCCCACUACUGCCAUAUCUCCCAGUCAGCUAUUUUCAGCAGCUGACAUCACAUCAGCUUGGUCCUCUGCUGGAGUUGCUGGGCAACAGCAGUUUGGAUGGCACCAGGGGACGCCAUGUCCUGCGGACCCUGUUCAAUAAGAGGCAGAACCUCACCAGUGAUAACAUACUGAGGUUAGGAGUUCUUGCAUGUUACCUGGAUCCACUGGACCUGCGUCCAUUCCUUCAGGCGUCGUCACAGUCCUCUGCCCUCAGGCAACAGUUGGCUCAGUGCAUGUCGCAGGGACUCAUCAGUGCCAGUGGCAGGCUAUCCUCUUGGCUGAUACCAGUGGUUCAGACCCUGAAUGUCAGCAGCAUGCCUCCUCCAGAGCUGUCCACCCUAACUGGUCUGCUGCCCCAGCUAGGAGCUUCCUUUCUUCAGUCACUUCCCUCAGAGCGGCUCCUGGAGCUCCUCACACAAUCAGGCCUGCAGAGAUUCUCUCCAUCACAGGCUUUUCAGAUAUUAUCCAAGAUCUCAAAGGACACUAACCUUUCCAUGGAAACACUGUGCCGACUGAAGCCAUUACACCCUGGGCUCUCCCCUGCUGUGCUGAGAGACCUCCACUGGCCUGAGAUCAGUGGAGCUGCCCACUGCCACUGCUGGAGAACCUUACUAACAGAGCUAAAGCCUGGCCAAAGAGCUAUGCUAUACAAUGCAGCGCAGGAGGUUCUGCACAGAGGGCUGCAGAAUGUCACUCCACAGGUUCGCUGUCUUUUGCCCUUUGUCCCCCUACGCAAGCUGACAGAAGCUGUUAGUGGAGAGACCGUCUUGAAGGACAUCAGCCUGUUCAGAGAUGUGCACUGGUCUCCACAGCAGGCUCAGCUGCUGUUCAAGAAGAUCCAAGAAUCUGAAAACAUUACCAGCCUAACAGUCAAGGAUUUGGGUCAUAUUGCCAGUGGAAUGAGUUGUGACUGGAUGAGGCUGUGGAGCAAUGAAACAGAUUUCUCUGAGUUGCUUCAGUUUGUCAGUGGGCUCCCCGGGGGCCUGAGGGCUGCUCUGCGAAAGUGUAUCGUAGAGGAACUGAGGAAGCAAGAGGAAAUCGACCUCAAUGCUCUGAGCUCUUGGUUUGCUGCAACAUUACCAGUGAAAAUGACAGAGAACCUCUCUAACGCCUCCUUCAGAGCCGUCCUGGAUCACAUUCAGGCGCACUUUCCCGACUUCCUGAAACUGCCACGUUAUAAACAGAUGAAUUUAGCCGAGAAGGCCAUUACUGUGCUGGGCUCCUCUCAGGCCCAGGCUGAGGGGGAGAUUGAAGGUGCCACUCUGGACCUGCUGGGGCCUUUACUCCCUUUCUUGGACCAGGACAGUUUGGCGCUGGUGGACAGAGAUGCCCUGGCUCUGCGGCUGGAUGACAUGAGGGGCUACUGCCUUCCCAAAGAGGCUCUGAGAGAUAUUGGUGCCUUGCUUACCAAGAAAGAUUUUCUGGGGGAACCAUCAAAAUGGGAUGUCGAGGAUGUGGAACAUUUGGGCAGACUGGUAUUUUCUCUCUCAUCAAAGCAGAUCAACUCCAUUCCACUGAAGGUGCUGAAUAAAGACACAGUGGAGCAGGUCCUGGUGGAUCAGAGGCGCUGGGAGGACAGUGCAGUGGGAGGAGUGUGUGUGAGCCAGUGCAUGGACCAGCCCCACCAGAGAGAGCAGACACAGAACCUGAUUCGAGGGAUCGUCAAAGCACGGAGCAGAAGAGCCAAAGUGCCAGUUCCAAGCUGUGCUGACAUCAGAGGGAUAUUCCCUUCAGCUUGGACGUCCACUCAGAUUAGCCGUAUGUCGCAGGCGGAUCUGAAGCAGUGCGUUGAAGUUUUUGGUGAGGAUGCUUCCCUGAGCUCUGAGCAGCGUCGAUCACUGUGGGUAAAACUCAGGAAGGCCUACAGUCCGGUGAGAGAGCUGAGAGCAGACCAGGUGCUGGCUCUUGGCUCUGUGGUGACUGAGAUGGGAGACAGAGAGCUGCAGGACAUCAAUAUCACUGACUUGGGAGUGCUGGCACAUCUUGGGACACUGACAGAGUGGAGCCAUAAAAAGAUGAGAGCAGUGGUUCUAGGUGUGAUGCGGAGGCGCAAGCUCAAAGUGGAGCAGCUGUCAGCUGUAGAUCUGGCAGCACUCGGCCAUCUGAUCUGUGGUCUGAAUCCUUCAGAGAUCAACAGACUGAACCCCUACAACUUGAGUGUGGCCGUCCUGUUCCUGCGGGAGAUGUCCCUGCCAUGCACAGAGCAGCAGAUGGAGGCACUGACCAGCCGGUUGUCCAGCCCUGAGGCCUUUGGUCCAGUCAGUGCCUGGGGAGCGGAAGUUUUCACUGAAAUUGGGACACUGGCAGCGGGUCUGGAGGACAUGGUUCUGUCAGCGCUGGUGCAAGAGCAAGUGGAGGGAAUCACCCCUGAAACUAUUGCCCUGAUCUCACCCAAAAAGAUAGCGGUGGUGUUCGGUGCCGCUCAGCUGUCUUGGCUGAGUGUGGAGCAGGCCUGGGCUGUCACUGACGAGCAGUGGGCAGAGCUGGACGGCGAACAGAGACACGCCCUUCGCCUGGCCCAGUACGAAGGAGACGUCCUCCUUGAGCUGAGAGGAAGAAACUUGGCUCCAGCCUCCCUGCUCACUGACAGCCUCACUAUAUGUUUAUUGGCUCUAUGCCUUACAUUAUGGCAAUUAUGUUAAAAUGCUGGAGCACAUUUGUAUUUAUUUGUCCCUUGUCAUCCCAUG